AUGGGUGUCAAAGAUGUCUUGUCUCGCAAGGAGGGCGUCAUCGUAGGUGACGAUGUGCUUGCUCUCUUCAAGUACGCUCAGGAGAAGAACUUUGCCAUUCCCGCCAUUAAUGUUACCUCAUCCUCAACCGUGGUCGCAGCGCUCGAGGCUGCUCGUGACAAGAAGUCUCCAAUUAUCCUGCAGGCUUCUCAGGGAGGCGCAGCUUACUUUGCUGGCAAGGGCGUCAAGAAUGACCAGCAGCAAGCUUCGAUCGCGGGUGCUGUCGCUGCCGCUCACUACAUCCGAUCGGUGGCUCCCAUCUACGGCAUUCCCGUUGUCCUCCACACCGACCACUGCGCGAAGAAGCUUCUGCCCUGGCUCGAUGGUAUGAUGGACGCCGAUGAGGCCUACUUCAAGGAGCACAAUGAGCCUCUGUUCUCAUCCCAUAUGAUCGAUCUGUCUGAAGAGGAGGUGGCCUGGAACAUUGAGACCACUGCCAAGUACCUCAAGCGGGCUGCUCCCAUGAAGCAGUGGCUGGAGAUGGAAAUCGGUAUCACUGGUGGCGAAGAGGACGGUGUCAACAAUGAAGAUGUGGACAACAACUCUCUCUACACUCAGCCCGAAGAUAUCCACCAGAUCUGGACCACCCUGUCUAAGAUCAGCCCCUACUUCUCCAUUGCCGCUGGCUUCGGUAACGUACACGGCGUCUACAAGCCCGGUAACGUCAAGCUGCAUCCCGAGCUGCUCGAGAAGCACCAGAAGUACGUGCAGGAGAAGGAGAGCACCAAGACCAACAAGCCUGUCUUCCUAGUCUUCCACGGCGGCAGCGGUAGCUCCAAGAAGGAAUAUCUUGAUGCCAUCAGCUACGGUGUCGUGAAGGUCAACCUCGAUACUGAUCUGCAGUACGCCUACCUGACUGGUAUCCGUGACUACAUGCAGAACAAGAAGGACUAUGUCCAGAAGGCUGUUGGCAACCCCGAAGGCGAGGACAAGCCAAACAAGAAAUACUUCGAUCCCCGUGUGUGGGUGCGCGAGGGUGAGAAGACCAUGAGCGCCCGUGUUCAAGAGGGCCUGGAGGACUUCAACACUGCCGGCCAGCUGUAA